AGUUGGUCCUGCAGCAGCGGAGAGUGGGAGCACAACAGUGAUUCAUCGGGUGCCUUUGGAAUCAUCACAUAUGUGGCACUACUGGAAACCCAUUUGAGAGACCAGAACCCACCAAGUAAUUUCUACAAUGAAAGUUUGAAUGUUCACAUUCAGAGGGAUGUGCUCAUACAACUCCAAUUGUACGGAAAAUAACUCAAAGAAUGUUAUGAGGCCUACUAUGCUUAGUCCUGCAGUUGCACAGCUGGAACAGUGUGGCUUUGUUAGCCACAGCAAUCAUGAUGAGUACUUUUUAAAUGGCCAUUUAAAUCAAGCAAUUCACAUGGAUGGUCUUAAGAUGUGCAGCCUGUCUGAGUAUGCUGUGUCGACAAGAACAGAUGAAUUUGAUAUGGUCUGUUCCACGGAAAGAGCCAUUGGGUCAUAUAUCAAUGGAGUAAAGAGUGGAUCAUCCUUCACUCUUUCAGAUGGAGAUAACCAAUCACAAGUUACUGAUACCUUGUCCCCCUCCUUAUUCUGCUCUUCCGUGUCCAUGUCAUCUUUCAGUGGCUUCUCACCAUCCUUCUUCUCUCCUUCCUCCAACCUCUCACCUGGCUCUUUGACUGAGUUGUAUCAGAAUUCUCCAUCUAUUUCAACUCUCUGUGGUCCACCUGAGGAACAACAUGAAUUUCUCUUCAGUUGUACACAGCAGCCGCAGGAAAAACCUCCAGAUGGGUGUCUGUUUCCCAGGUCUCCCAAACAGGAACCUGUUGCUGAAUUUCAGAUUUGUAACAAGAAGCUUCUACAGUUUGAAAACAAGGAGGAACUGCUUCAGUAUUUCUGUUCUGACUCAAAUGCAACCAAGGAACAAACCCAGCAAAUUAAUGUUUACCAUAGUCAGACAGUGCCAUCUCAGGAACUUUCUAUACUGCAUCAAUGCAAGAAUGGCUUGGGAUUGAGCAGGCUGCAUGGAAAUGAGGAAAUUAAUGGCCAUCUGAAGGAUGAACAACCAUGUCGGUGGAGUGAUUGUAGGGCUACUUAUGGGCAGAAAGAAGAACUGGUGAGGCACAUAGAGAAAGUUCACAUAGAUCAGCGAAAAGGGGAGGACUUUACCUGCUUCUGGGCAGGGUGUGUCCGUCGGCACAUACCCUUCAAUGCUCGAUACAAGCUGCUUAUUCACAUGAGAGUCCAUUCUGGUGAGAAACCCAACAAGUGCAUGUUUGAAGGCUGUAAUAAGGCGUUUUCCCGUCUGGAGAACCUAAAGAUACACUUACGCAGCCACACUGGCGAGAAGCCCUAUAUAUGCCAGCAUCCUGGCUGUCUCAAAGCCUUCAGCAACUCCAGUGAUCGAGCCAAACACCAGCGGACACACCUGGACACUAAACCAUAUGCUUGUCAGCUCCCAGGGUGCACCAAACGCUACACGGACCCCAGCUCCUUGCGCAAACAUGUCAAGACCCACACCAGUAAAGCCCUGCAGGCACAGGACAAGGGUCAGCUACGUAAUAAGGUGGAGCAGGAAGUUGUGGAUAUGUGCAUUGGCCUGCAGCAUCUCCAUGGCUCUACUCCUUCAGUACACAUCCCAUACCCCAGGUGUUCUGGCACCCUCAGUAAGAUUCAUCAAGAAAGCUUUACGGCAUACUCAGAGGAUGACGAAUCCUGCAGCAGAGUCUUAUCUGGAACCACCAAUAUGAGUGUGAAGCAAUCCACCAGACACUGCACCAUCAGCCCUCUCAACCAUCUUCCAAAUCACAAAAUGAAUCAGCAGAGUCUUUCUCCUCUGGUUUGUGGAAUCAACCUGGUCAGUGGAACAAAUGAGCUCCAGUCUGUCUCUGACAAACACAGCUCCUUCUUAAGCCCACAUCAAAAACUCAACCAGAUGUUUAAUGAAGUACCAAUAAAUCACUAAGGCCACUGCCUAACCCAUGACGCACAGCAAGGGAAUGGGAAUCACCCCGCUACAUGUCCUGUUCCUGUUGGGAUCCAUAAUCGCUGUCAAAAAGUCAGAUCCACUUUUCGUACACUCAGACGUGAGACACAUUUGAGCUAUUGCGCCUGAGAGCAGGUUAUGUGGAGGAAUGAUUUGAAAACUGGAGGGGACACAUUAAGACAUGCGUGAUUCAGGAAGUGGAAUUCUGGAUGAAGAUUCUCCGAUUACAACAGAACUGUGUGAGAAACACUGUGCUUGGGCAAUAAUCCUCUCAAAGAUUCCUCAAGCAUCGAGUCAGAGAUAAGACUGUCUCGAAAGAGAAAUUCCCCCGAUUUGGCACUGAUGAUGACCUUGCAUACUAUUUUUUUUAAAAUUCUAAAUAGACACUGUUGUUUGUGUUUAGUGUGGCUAGAGAAUGGGAUUGAAAAGAGAUACUUUUUACAUUGAGUUUGUAA